AUGGCAGCAUCUGAGAGCCCUGAAGAGCAGCCGAGUACUGGAGUGUUGGGUCGUAUCGGCAGUUGGUUCUCUCCAUGGAGGGGAAAUGCUCCAAAGUCUCCCAGUGAAAAUGCAUCCUCACCUUGUGACUGGACUGAGAACACAGGAGAGGAUGAGGAGGAUUUUGUGAGAGCCCACGCAAGGGAACAGCGCUGGCAGGACUGGAACACUAGUCCACUCUUCAAAAGUGUUCUCCCUUGUGAAGAGGAGGACGCCUCGCAGUCUGCCCACAGAGACGGCUCUGUUGUGAGCUGCACUGAGACAGGAGAAGGACGUCCAAGAGAGGAGGAGCGUGAGCCGUGGAGGAAGCAAAGAACAGGGCAGGGCGAAGAGAGGGUGGAGACCAGCAACGGUGCAUCAUCAAGUGGAAGUUCUCAGAAGAAUGUCAGUCAUCUGAGACAUCUGUCUUCUUCGUCUACGCAGGGAGUGGCGUGGGACUUUGACCAGGCCCAUACCCAGACUCACGCACACAGACGAGCACAAACAGGCAAGAGGCUCCACGUGUACCUGGAGGAGACCAGCGUGAAUCUGAGUGACCAAAACAAGUGUGCUGGAAAGGAAGUUGUCUGCACAACAGUCAAAAAAAGCUUACAGGUUUUUGCAAGGGCAAAGUCAUCACCGUGUUUUGAUUUACCGAACAGUUCGAGUCUAAGUGCAGAGAAAAAUGUAACACCGGCUGUCGGUGCACAGAGUUAUUAUAGUACUCUAGUGGGAGUGUCGCUAAAACCACACAAAGGCUCCCAGUCUGAGCCUGAGUCUGAAAGAGAACAAACUGAGGCGGACGACAUGGGCCGUAAAAAUGCCAACCGAAGGAGAGUCAGGAAGAACUCUCAGGGAGAUGGAGGGAAGAGUCCUGUGGAAAAAAAGACGGGAGAUACUCAGGCUGCAGAAGUAUUCUCCCCGUCAGACAGCUCAGCGACCAGUCCCCUGAGCACAAGUCCAAAUGUUCACCUUAAAGAGGCAUCUGAAGACUCCUCCUUUAAGCCCAACCCAACGUUACAGGUUUUACCUGAAGGUGGAGAAUGUGAUAGUCCCUCCUCAGAUAUGGUCAAGCACUUGGACAACUUCCAGGAUUCACUCUCAGUCGCUGGAGUCACUGAGGCGCACCUGGAUGGUUUUUCAAACAUGGACCAGGACGACAGUUUUUACAAAGUCGAGAGGAAGACGGAGACGCCGGAGUCCAAACGUAGGAGCAUCAAGGUUUCUCGGAGUGAAGUGAAGCUUUUUACAAAACAGGUUCCUUUUGUUCCAAAGCUCAACCCAGCAGCUGAAGUUUUAGACACUGCAAUAAAGAAUACCACAGAUGGAGCCGAAGAUAAGCCCAAAACAAAGACUAAUAAGAGACUUCCUAACACAAUGAAGAUCGUUGAAGAACCUAAAGCUUCUGUGGGACGGAUUGCGGCUAAAAUUAGCCUCUUUGAGCGAAAGCAGCAAGAUACGACCAUCCAAACCCCGAGGAGUGCCGACGUCUCGCCAGUCACAGUCACAGGCAGGAUUAAAGCAGAUAUUUUUUCAUCAGAGCAGAGGUCAAGAUCAACUGAACAUUCUGACAAACCAAAGUCUGGCCCCACAUCACUGAACAAGGAGACGCCAAUAACAAUCAAGGAGCGAGCAAAAGUAUUUGCAGAAGUGAGCAAGUUAGAAGAAAAACCAACUCAACAAACACCACCAAUAACAGGAACAUCUCAAGAAUCCUCUUUGGCUUUAGCAAUUUCAGGAUCAAAGUCAUCAGAACUGGGUGAUCAGGACAAACUGGAUGCAAACGAGCCCAUAGCUAUUAAAACAACACCAGAGAUAAGAUCAAAACCAGAUGGACUGGGUAGUUAUGCUGUUGGGGAGCAUUUAUCCCCUUCAGAGAUGCAACUAAUGGACUCUAAAACAAAAGAAACGACAGAAGAACAGCACACAAAACCAAACAUUAUUGAACACAGUGAUCCAGCUAGUUUAGCACAUUUGACCAAUAGCACAGCCCCACAACCUAAAAGCCCUAACCGAACAAGCUCUCGCUCUAAAAGAAGGAAAAGCAAAGAACCAGCCAGUCCCAGAAGCCCAAAUAACCAAAUCAAAGAUAAAACUAUUAAACAGGGGGAAGCAGAUAAUACAGACGAGGCGCCUUCUGCUUCCAAACCACUUCCAGAAACGAUGUCAUUAGCAUCUCAAAAACUCCCAGAAGAUACAUCAGCUGUACAGCCUCCAAAUGAUGUUAAACAGGAGAUAUUAAAGAGCGAUACAGAGGGAUCAGCCAAACAGACAGUGUUGCAUACUUCAUUUGAAGCAAAACGUACUGAAAAAAUGCUAAACGAGCAGGAGGGAUCAACUGAAACACCUGUCAACAGAGAUGAACCUGAUACUGCUGCUCUUACCAGUGGAACAAAGGAGACUAUAGACAAGGAGGUUGAUAUUGUACGCCAACAGGAGGAAAAAUUAGAGGAACACAGCCUCGCAUUCACAUCAGAAAGAAAAAAGGUUUUAGAGGACAGCAGUGAAAUUUCCACCCCCUCCCUGUUAACAACCUCCUCAUCUGAACAGCAUCAUGAGAAGCCUCCUGCCGCAAAGCAAGAGUCAUCUAACGGACAACCUAAAUUGGAUAAAGCCUCAUCAGUGCAGCCCGAAUCAGAAAGUAAACAAAAGGGAAAGACAAAAACACAGCAGCCUCCAGGCUCGGACACAGAGCUAACAAAUCAAGCUGAGACUGAAGACGGUGCAAAAUUAGAAAUGGUGGGCAGCAAGGAAACAAAUCAAGUCAAAGAAAAAACACAGCAGCUCAUGCUUUCAGACAAAAGCGCCACAAAGGACGGUGCUUCCCGCAGAGGACUAAGUAGCUCAGGGAAAGAGAGGAGUGUUGAAAAAGCCAAGCAAUUAGAAACACCCUGUCAGUCGUCUGAAAGGACUAGUGGAUCACCAGCCCUCCCUGUUCAAACACAGAAUGCCACCGUGACUCCUGAAAAUCCUAUUUGUACAACCAUCCGGACUAAUGAGGCUGUGAGGAACACUGAGAGUGAUAAACAGCCUCGAAAGGUGGAGACAGCUAUAGAUGUGCCUCCUGAGUCACAAACACGAUCCACAGAAAGCUCUGAAACUGAAAGAAAGUCAGUGGUGACUGCAGCUGAGCCCCCACAUGGAUCUGCAUCUGUGGAAAAAACAACGAGUUUGCUCAAUGACUCAUGCGCACAUGAAGCUAAUGAUGCAGGGUUCUUCAACUCCAAACCUAUUACCAAAGCUGCUGCAUCCGAUGAGGGCGUAAGAGCAGAGGGCACUAAUGACACUCCAGUGCUCAUACCUGCCCAGAUCGCCAUGACACAAUCAGUAAAGUCAGAUUCAUCAAAGCCUCAUAUUUCUGACUGUAAAUCAACAAGGACAGAAGUAGGGGACAGUGAUUUACAAAGAAGUCCCAUGCCCUCAGAAGGAGUAAACACAAAACCAGAUCUUAGCCACACCUCCGAUGACAGAUCAAAACAUAAAGAGAACAGUAUUAACAUCUCUUCAAUUAAUGAUGCAGAGAAAAUAACUCAGACCGGCUCUGGUAGCAGCUCGUCUAUCUGCACCAGUAAUGAAACCAACAAGGCAGCAGAGAAAAGGCUCACCCAGCCAGUGGAUAAACUUUUACCUGUUGCUAAUGGCGAUAUCCCCCCACAUUCACAGCCGCCCCACACAGUCAAAAAGGAACCAGCAGAUGGAAAAAUGAUCCCAACUCCAAAAGCUCCUUCUUUACCAGAGGCUAAUAAGUCAAUUCCUGACUCAAUGCACCAUUCAUCCAUGAAAAAACUCACUUUGCCAAAGAAACUAAUGAAAACUGAUUUCUCGCAACAGCAAGAUUCCCCCUCUAGCUGGCUAGACAUAGAUGUUCCCAAACGCAAACUUAAAGUCUCCGAGGCAAAACUGACCUCUUCUGGAAGUGAGAGCAAUCUCCUGGACACUUCCGGCGAGCUAGAUGAUGACGAUUUUGUGGAAAGAAUCAAAAAUCUCUGUGCUCCUUUCUCCAUCCCGCCACGUAAGCACAACCACAUUCGAGCACCUCAGCCUUCCUUUGCGAUGCCGGCCAUCAGAGAGGACCGCUUUGAGAAGACGUUCGACCCUGAGGAGUUCACAUUUGGCUUGAGAAAGAAGACUCAGCUCGCUUUAGACACAACUCCAAGCCUUCUAGUGAAGCUUCAGAGCACUGAGACGAAAUCUGGCCUCAUACCGGCCAGGGUUAGCGUUGCUGAACGGAGCAUGCUGCUCAGUGGCUUUGACACUCUCUCGCACCUCAAGGACAAGAAUGCUGUCAAGGAUGGGGAGGACACAAAGGAGGAGAAAGAUGAUCAGAUAAAGGUGAAGUCUCGCUUGGAGAAGAGCUCUAUCCUCAGCAGUCUCGCCUCUUCCAGCUUUAGAGGGAAGAGGAAUGAAUCUCAAACACAGGCAGAGGGCUCAGAAAAUGUGUUGCUCUGCAAAGCCCCCCAGCUCAGCCCUCUGCUUUCACCCCAGCCGGCCCCACCAAGCCCUACAGCUACAAUCAAAGACACACUAGCAAAGCAGAGCAAAGAGGAAGCCCAGGCUGCAGAGACUGCGGUUGGUGACUCAGGCCCUCCACUUCCUUCUUUUAACGACAUCAAGCUGCCGGACUAUUUGGAGAAGUACCUCCCACAGGAUCAAGCUAAAGCAGCGCAGAGCGUACGAGGACAAGUCAAACCAGAGCUAACAGAAAAAAUGGCAUCUCCAGCUUCUGAAGCUAAGGCAGACAAAGUCUUGAAACCAAGUCUGGUUCCUGACGCUGCAGCUCCUGGUUUUCCUGGGAUUCCUCCAACUACACACGCUACACUUCCUGAACUCAAGCAGCCUUUGACUCAGCCACACAACACAUUCAGAAACCAUAUAAGAACCGUCAAGGGAUUUCACAAGCGCCCUGGAAAGUUGGUGCUGUUUGAAAAAGCUCAGUUCGAUGGCCAAGCCUAUGAGAUUUACAGUGAUGUAGCAGAUGCUUCGUCUCUGGAGCUCUCGCCUCUCAUAUCUGUGAAGGUCGUGAGAGGAUGCUGGCUGCUCUACGAGAAGCCUGGCUUUCAGGGCCGCAUCAUCGCCUUGGAAGAAGGAGGCACUGAACUGGAAAACGUGUGGGCAGAUCUGGGACCGGAAACUGAACCGCACGACGUUCCGCCGAUGAUCGUCGGCUCUGUUCGACUUGCUGUCAGGGAUUACAGCAUCCCCCACAUAGAUCUUUUUACUGAACCAGAAGGCUGCGGCAGAGUGACACCUUACCACGACGACGCUAUAGAGACGGGCUCAUUCGGCAUUCCACUCAAUACCGCUUCCAUCAGAGUGCACUCUGGGGUGUGGCUGCUGUACAGUGACCCGGGGUUUGAAGGCAUGGUAGCUGUUCUGGAAACAGGCGAAUAUCCUGUUCCUGAGGCUUGGGGCUUCGACUCACCCUUCGUGGGAUCCCUCAGAGCACUAAAAAUGGGUGGAUUCAAAGUGGAGAAUCCCAAUGAAGUCAAGGCUGUGGUUUAUGAGCAACCAGGCUUUGAGGGCUCCUUUUUGGAAGUCGACAGUGAUGUUUUCAGCUUUAGCCAGGCUGAUGGAGGCAUGGCCACAGACGGAGCCGACCUCGACACAAAUGAGCUCAAGUCUGUUGGAUCUUUGAAGAUAAUUGGAGGACUCUGGGUGGGCUACAGCCAGCCUGGGUUUGAGGGUCAGCAUCACAUCCUGGAGGAAGGGGAGUACCUGGACUGCAGCGACUGGGGAGGCGCCGAGCUUCUGUCCCUGCGACCGAUACUUUCUGAUUUCUUGUCUCCGCACUUGAAAAUGUUCAGCGACAAAAAUUUUGGCAAGCUGGGCAUGAACAUCGACCUCACCGUGCCUGUUAUCAACAUGGACAGCACAGGCUACGGCUUGAAGACGCAGUCUAUUGAUGUCCUCGGCGGCGUCUGGGUUGUGUUUGAAGAGCCGGGCUUCUGCGGCGAGUCCUUCAUCCUGGAGAAGGGCCUGUACGGAAGCCCGGAGGACUGGGGGGCGCUGCAGCACAGAGUCGGCUCAGCUAUGCCCAUACUGCUGGAUGAUUUUGAGAACACCACCAAGUUUAAGGUGCAGCUUUUCUCUGAUCCGGGCUUUCAGGGCUCUGUCCUCAACUUGGAGGACAGCGCACCCUUCCUGCAGGAUGGCUUCUCUGUGGCCUCCUGCAAGGUCCUGGCUGGCAGUUGGCAGGCAUUUGAAGGCCAGACCUUCACAGGGAAGAUGUACAUCUUAGAAGAAGGGAGCUACCCAGAUCUGAGAGCGAUGGGCUGCGUCAGCGGGAGCUCGUCCAUCCUGUCUCUGCAGACUGCUGGAUUUGAGUUUUCUCUGCCGUCAAUCACUUUAUUCGAGCGAUGCGGGCUGCGGGGGAAGAAGGUGCUUCUCACUGACGGAUCAGUCAACCUUCAGCUGGCUGGAGGCUGCGGCCGCGUCCAGUCUGUGCUGGUGGAGGGAGGCAUGUGGAUCUUGUACGAAGGAAUCAACUAUCGAGGUGCACAGAUUUUGCUGAAACCUGGUGAGGUUCCCGACUGGCGCCGGUUCAGCAGCUGGCAGAAAAUCGGUUCCCUCCGCCCUCUCACACAGAAGCAAGUGCAUUUCCGUUUAAGGAACAGACAGUCGGGGUUAAUGAUGUCAGUGACCGGUGAUUUAGACGAAGUCAAACUGCUGCGGAUACAAGAAACGGAGGAGACGGAUGGCUUGGAGCAGAUAUGGUUCUACCAGAAUGGCCAAAUGCACUGCAAGCUGUUGGAGGAGUGCUGCCUGUGUCCCAGUGGCAGCGUCACAAUCGCAGGAAGCCGAGUGGGUCUGACACCAGAGCUGGACAACCAGAUCCACCUCUGGAGCAUCACCUCGAAGGGCUUGAUCUGCUACACGCCCAGCGCUGACCUCGUCCUGGACAUCAAAGGUGGCGUUAAUUACGACAAAAACCAAGUGAUUCUGAACACACUUGACCCAAACAAACCACAGCAAAGGUGGGACGUGGAGGUUAUAUGAAGAGCCGAGGCGAUUCGUUUUAAUAUGGGAGGUGUAGCUCUGAUGGAGACUUGUGUCCAAAGACGAGCUGUGGCAUCGGCGUGCGACCUGCAGCAGCAGAGCUGAACAAAAACUAAGAGGUCAACUACGUACUGAUACCUGCCGACUAUACAAGAAGUGGGCUCUGAACUGGAAAUACUUAUAUUUUACACCUCAAGUAACAAUUCCUCAGAUUUAUAUGUUUUAUGUUUUUACUGAAUGAAAUUGUUUCUUCAUG